AUGCCAAACAGUUGUCCUACCCUCGGUCCCAGGUGUGAGUACUGUACAUGCUCAGGUGGGGGAUGCCAAUCUCGAUUCCCAGGAUUGAAGGUGGAGUGGCCAGAGCUAACCGGAGCGAGUGGAACCGUAGCAAAGGCAAAAAUAGAGAGUGAUAAUCCACAUGUGACUGCGUUUAUAUAUCCUCAAGGUGAAGUUUAUCUACCAGCCAUCAACUGUUGUAACCGUGUCGUUCUCUAUGUUCCAAGCGACAAUUGUCCCAACGGUCCAGUUAUCAACCGUCCCAUUGUGGGAUGA